GAAUCAAAUGUUUGUAUAUUUUAGAUAAAUAAUACUUGACAGUAAUGAGUAUGCAAGUCGGACAGCACAAGUCCCGGACGUCACGUGUUUUCAAUGUCCGCUUCGUUGGUGACCCUCCUGGGAGCCGUGUCUGCUGUUGGUGUCGUCAUACUUUACGUCGUAUUUGGAAGCCCUUGGAAGUUUAGAACAGUGCGUGGCUUUCCAGGACUUCUCAACAUUGGAAACACAUGUUUUGUGAACGCUUUAUUGCAGGCACUGGCAGCCUGUCCCCUGUUUGUUGCAUGGGUGAAGCAUUGUGUCAGAAACUCAAGUCGGUGUGAAAAUAGGUCACUAUUUGCUACAGUAUCCGAUGUAUUGACAUUGUUGUCGUCUAAGGCUUCCAUUGCUGAUGUCGUUGAUCCAACAGCAAUUGUUCAAGCCUUGCUGGAUAUUGGUUGGGUGAUUCCUGUAACUGAAGAACAGGAUUCACAUGAAUUUUUCCAUGUACUUGUUUCAGCUCUCUGUGAGGAUGGCCAUUGUAAGGGUUUAAAUAUGGUGACAUCAGCUUGGCCGUCGCUAUCUCUGAAUCACUCCUCAGACGGUGUCUUACAAGAAAGAGUACGAGCUGGUCAGGCAAGUCCAUUCCAUGGGACUCUGGCAAGUUGUCUCAUUCACACAACAUCGCAGCGAAAGUUACCAAUCAAGUAUGAUGGCUUUGAUAGUAUUUCAGUCAGCCUUCCAAGAGAUGUGGGUGUUGUGACUAUUGAGCGAUGUCUUCAUUGUUAUGUUCAAUCCGAAGUUGUUCAGCUAAAGUCCGAUGAAGUUCCGGUUCCGAGUCCUUCAGCAUAUUUCAAGCGUCUAAGGUUUGGGAAGUUGCCAAAAUGUCUAGCAAUCCACGUCCAGAGAACGUACUGGCACGCCAGAGGUACUCCAUUCAAGGACAACACACAUGUACAAUUUCCACACAAGCUUGACAUGGCACCAUUUGUUCACAAUAAAACAAAACGCAAAAGCUUGUACCAGCUUAAGUCUGUCAUCUGCCAUGUGGGUGAUGUGUUUAGCGGACACUUUAUUACAUAUCGUCGACUGAUUGUUGAUUCGUCAGCAACAGAUCAUUCAGUAUCAUCACAGUGGUUGUAUGCAUCUGACUCUACAGUUCGUCCUGCAUUAUGUCAAGAGGUAGAAUCUGCCGUGGCAUAUAUGCUAUUCUAUGAACAAGUUUUAUAAUAGAUACAUACCAAGAGCCUCUAUGCAGGCAAAUCUGUAUCA